AUGUCUUCGCAAAAUCCUCCCGCCUCUUCUCCCAAAGAGGCACCUACUCUCGUCGCUGAUAUCUUUCACUACAGUUCGUAUUACUGGCGGGAAUUUGGACAAGAUGACACCAAGGAUACGACAAAUGAUGAUGGCACCCCAACGAAGACACUCAAGUACCGUGCACCAAGUUUCGGUGGUAGUCUCGAUGAGUACAUGAACCCAAAACCCGUCAACAAUGAUCGUAUUAAGCUCAAAUUCUAUGCCCACGUUUUGGGUGAUGGAUCUGAGAAUAUUCACUUUGGAAAGUGGGAUGGAAUUGAUCUCGAACAACCGGGCGCUUAUGGAAGAGCCGCCGAUGCCAUGACGCGUUAUAUGUUUCAGCUCUCUCUCAACUUGUUGCCUCACCGUGCCGAGGCUGAUGACUUUCGCUACAUUGAUCUAGGCAGUGGCAGUGGAGCUGCUGCCUUGCAAUUGUUGCAGGAACACAAGACCAUUGAAAAUGUUACUUGUCUUAACUUGUGUCAUGAACAAAACGAUCAAGCCAAGGAUCGGGCUUCUGCCCUAGGCGUGUCUCAACGACUAGAGACCAUUGAUGCCUCGUUUGAUGAUUCCAAUUGUGAUGCCAACUAUUUUGAUUUGGCCUUUUCACAAGACGCCUUUGUGCACUCGAGGAAUAAGUUCAUUUCUUUUUCGGAAGCUUUUCGUAUCACAAAGCCAGGAGGUGCCCUGGUCUUUUGCGAUAUCAUGUGCGGAGACAAUCCUGAUUUGACCACACAAGAAUUCACGCAAUUUGCUGAGAACAACCGCAUUAACGAUUGGUUGAAUCCAUCGCAAACCCGCAAGACUUGCCAGACUGCCGGGUGGAAGGAUGUCAAGUUUGUUGACUUGACUACUGAUCUACGUAUCAGUUUCCAACUGAUGUUGAAAAAGGUCAAAUUCGUUUUGGAACACGGAGAAGUUGGGGAUAACCAGCAGGGAGUCCAACUGAGAAACUACCACGACUCCAUUUGCCGUCGCAUUACGCAAAUCGACCGUGGUGUCUUCAAAUGGGGGGUUAUUCAUGCCCGUAAACCAGUGGUUAUGGACAUUGUUUGCAAACCACCCGUUCCCUUCAACAAGACCAAUCACUUGCUUCUCACCCGUAAUGAAGAAACCGGGGGUGGCCAAGGAUUGAAUGUAGUGGUGAUUGAUAUUUUGAACAAAAUGACAGAAGAGAAGAUCAGCGCGCUUCCAAAAUCGGUAGAUCUAAUGAUCACAAUGUCUGCCGGUCUUGAUCACAUUGAUACCAGAGCAUGUGCUGCAAAUGGAAUCAUUGUCAAGCAGUCUGGUCGUGACGCCAUUACGUCCCAUGUGGUCCAGUAUGUCUUGGGUUUCCUCAUUGUGGGCCUUCGAGAUGCGCUGAAUCAACUUGGAGUUCCUUUUCCAUCAAGUGGGUGGAACCUUAACUGGAACUGCGACGGUAAACCACUCACCAAGUCGACCAUCGCCAUUGUGGGCAUGGGACUGAUUGCUAAGGGCUUGAUAUCGGAAAUCCGCAAGUUGGCGCCGGAUACCCGCAUCGUUUAUCACGUGCCUGCCAACAUGAGAGAUUUUGAUGCCGAAUCGAACUUCAACGUCGAGUACGUCAGCAGCGUCAAGGGCCUAGCAGCGAUUUGUGACAUUCUCUUGCCACUAUGUCCUUUGACCAAGCACACGGAACAUCUCAUCAAUCAAGAAGUUUUCGACGCAAUGCAACCACAUGCUGGUUUUAUGAACAUGUCUCGUGGAAAAGUCGUCGAUACUGACGCUUUGACCGCAACCCUCAAGGCCAAAAAGAUCAAGUACGCCAUUCUUGAUACUACCUUCCCUGAACCAUUGCCCAAAGAACAUGAACUUUGGUCUAUGGAGCAAUGCUUCAUCUUGCCGCAUUAUGCUACAAACACAAUGGCGGUUCGUGAAGCUCUAGUGGGAGACAUUCAGCCCAUUAUCGAAGACCACUUUGGCUUAGGACAUUCUGAUGAGCGACGCAAGGCCGAAGAAAAGGCGAUCCGUCACGACUUGGCAGUGGCCCAUCGUCUGACGGCCAAGUAUGGCAUGGACAUGUUGGUCUGGAAUCACAUUUCGGCCCGAUUCCGUACUGGAUGCUUGAUCACUCCAGGACGCAAAAUGUGGUCCAAAAUUUUACCUCGAGAUUUGGUAUACAGCUCAUCCAAUGUGACUGCUGAUGUCAUCCAUGACGCAAUCUACUCGUCUCGUCGGGAUAUCAAGGCCAUCAUUCAUCUUCAUACUCCUGCGGCAACUGCCGUAUCCUGUUUGGAGGGCGGAUUCCAACCAGUCACGCAAGAUGGUGCCUACUUUUAUGGAAAGGUGGCCAACUACGAAUGGGACGGUCUAUCCGACGACGCCUCGGAAGGUCCUCUGAUUGCCGCUGCUGUCAAGUCUGUUGAAGGUUGCAAUACGCUCUUGAUGAACAACCAUGGUUUUGUAUGCUUUGGUUCCUCCGUGAGAGAAGUAUGGGUCUUGGCCUACUAUUUUGAGAGAUGCUGUGAAGUCCAACUGCGUUUGAUGCAGAGUGGUGGAAAGAUCCGCAUGCCACCCAAGGCAGUCAUGCAAAAGGCCGCCGAAUCCAGCUACCUGCCAGAGUUCGCGCCUGGUGUCCAAGAGUGGGACGCCCUGUGUGAUGAAAUCACCUUUGAUUAG